AACCGGGACCGCAGAGGGACCGCCUGCCGGGGGGGAGGCGAGGACCUGGGCUGGGCUUUCCGCACCCUGGUAACUUCUUUUCCCAUAACUUCAGUGCCCUGAAACCCGAGUAUUCCACCAAGAUAAUAUGAUAGGCACUCUCCGUGGUUUGGAGCCAUAUCCUAUUUAGACGAAUGCGGGCCUUCCAGAGGUCCUGAGAGCUUGGUACAGAGCACACACUGCUUGCUAGUUGGCGCGGCAAUAAUGCCAUCUCUGCCUCAAGAAAGAGUUAUUCAGGGGCCUUCUGCCUUGGAUCUGCAUACAGAGCUGCCUUUUCAAAGCACACUGAAAAGGAGAGUCAGAAAGAAGAAAAAGAAGGGAACAAUUACAGCCAAUGUUGCUGGGACAAAGUUUGAAAUUGUUCGUUUAGUAAUAGAUGAAAUGGGAUUUAUGAAAACUUCAGACGAGGAUGAAACGAGUAACCUGAUAUGGUGUGAUGCCGCAGUUAAGCAGGAGAAGAUUGCAGAGCUGCAAAACUACCAGAGGAUCAACCAUUUUCCAGGAAUGGGGGAGAUCUGUAGGAAAGAUUUCUUAGCAAGAAAUAUGACCAAAAUGAUCAAGUCCCGGCCUCUGGAUUAUACCUUUAUUCCUCGAACAUGGAUCUUCCCUGCUGAAUAUACUCAAUUCCAGAACUACAUGAAAGAAUUGAAGAAAAAAAGGAAGCAGAAAACUUUUAUAGUAAAACCAGCUAAUGGGGCAAUGGGUCAUGGGAUUUCUUUGAUAAGAAAUGGUGACAAACUUCCAUCCCAGGAUCAUUUGAUUGUUCAAGAAUACAUCGACAAGCCUUUCCUAAUGGAAGGCUACAAGUUUGAUUUACGAAUUUACAUUCUGGUAACAUCAUGUGAUCCACUAAAAAUAUUUCUCUACCACGAUGGACUUGUGCGAAUGGGAACAGAGAAGUACAUUCCACCUAAUGAGUCCAAUUUGGUAAGUGAUACCAAACAGAUUCUAGAGCUGGUGGUUAAGACUCUGAUCGUGGCAGAGCCUCAUGUCCUGCAUGCUUAUCGGAUGUGCAGACCUGGGCAGCCUCCGGGGAGUGAAAGUGUCUGCUUCGAAGUCCUGGGAUUUGAUAUUUUGUUGGACAGAAAGCUAAAGCCGUGGCUUCUGGAGAUCAACAGAGCUCCGAGCUUUGGGACUGAUCAGAAAAUAGACUAUGAUGUGAAAAGGGGAGUGCUGCUAAAUGCACUGAAGCUCCUCAACAUCAGGACCAGCGAUAAAAGGAGAAACUUGGCCAAACAAAAAGCUGAGGCUCAAAGGAGGCUUUAUGGUCAGAAUUCAAUCAAAAGGCUCUUGCCAGGUUCCUCAGACUGGGAGCAGCAGAGGCAUCAGCUGGAGAGGCGGAAAGAGGAGUUGAAAGAGAGGCUUGUUCAAGUGCGAAAGCAGGUCUCUAAAGAACAACAUGAAAAUCGACAUAUGGGGAAUUAUAGACGAAUUUAUCCUCCUGAUGAUAAAACUCUACUUGAAAAGUAUGAAAAUUUGUUGGCUGCUGCCUUUCAGACCUUUCUUUCAGGAAGAGCAGCUUCAUUCCAGCGUGAGCUGAACAAUCCUUUGAAAAGGAUGAAGGAGGAAGAAAUUUUGGAUCUUCUGGAACAAUGUGAAAUCGAUGACGAAAAGUUGAUGGGCAAAACUUCCAUGCCUCGAGGACCAAAGCCUCUCUGUUCCAUGCCUGAGAGUACAGAGGUGAUGAGAAGACAGAAGUACUACAGCAGUGAUAGCAGUUAUGAUAGUAGUGACAGCUCUUCAGAAUCAGAUGAAAAUGAAGAGUACCAAAGUAAGAGAAGAGAAAAGCAAGUUACUUAUAAUCUUAAACAAUCCAACCACUGCAAAAUAUUCCAAACACCCAGUUCCAUAAGGCGUUCAUUCAGUUGCCCUCGGUCCAUCUCUUCUCAAUCGCCUUGUAGUGCAGACAUCCGCCCUCUCUCUGCUCAACAAAUGAUGUCAGCAUCUCGGACAACUUCAUCAUGUCGGUCACAUUCCUUAAACCGUGCUUCCUCCUACGUGAGGCAUCUGCCUCAUAAUAAUGAUGCCAACUCUAAUUUUCAGGUGAGUGAGUCUUUGCGGCAACCAAGAACAAAAGAACAAGAAGAGGAUCUAACAAGUCAGACCUUACUUGUUCUCAAGGACAUGAAGAUCCGUUUUCCAGGGAAAUCAGAUGCAGAAACACAACUUCUGGUAGAAGAUAUCCUUGAUAACUGGAAGUUUCAUAAAGCAAAAGUGGCUUCAUAUUGGCUCAUAAAAUUGGACUCUGUAAAACAACGAAAAGUUUUGGACAUAGUAAAAACAAAUAUUCGCACAAUUCUUCCACGCAUCUGGAAGGUGACUGAUGUCGAUGAACUACAUUUAUAUAGGAUUUUUAACCGGGUUUUUAAUCGCUUACUCUGGAGUCAUGGCCAAGGACUAUGGAACUGUUUCUGUGAUUCAGGAUCCUCUUGGGAGAGUAUUUUCAGUAAAAGCCCGGAGGUGGUGACUUCUUUGCAGCUCCAGUGUUGCCAGCGCCUGGUUGAACUAUGUAAAGAGUGCUUGCUUCUGGUUUACAAAUAUUCAACGGAGACAAGAGGAUCAUUCUCAGGCAUUGGCUCUGACUGGGGUAAUUCCAGGUAUUUACUACCAGGAUGUACACAAUUCUUCAUGAGAUCACCAGUCUACAACUUGAAAUACAGUUCACCUGGAAUGACUCGCUCCAAUGUUUUGUUUACAUCCAGAUAUGGCCAUUUGUGAAACAGAAGGGAAAAUUGCCAUGGGUUAUGCAUUAUAGCAAUUCAUUGCCCCCCCCAAUGUAAACAUGCAAAGAAAGCAACCGUUAAGUGCUGUUUUAUGUAUAUAUGACAUAUAUAUGUGUGAAAUAUAUGCACACAUCACUCAAAUAAUAUAUUUAUUAUAUAAAAGAAUUAGAAAACUUGGAUAGAAGACUUAACCUUUCUGUAAAUGUAAUAAACCAUGUUAAUAUUGUUUACACAAUAUGUGAAUGUCUAGAAUUUGCUAGGUUUAUAAUUAAUACCUUCCUACUAGAAAUGGUAUUUUUGCUGCAGAGAAUAUGGAACAGAACUGAUCUUGGAGAUCUCACUACAGUGUUAAAUUAUUUUCUAGAUAACAUGUCUUUAACUUGAAUAAGCUCUAGUAGUGUAAUACCUUAUUCUCUUACAUAUAUAGUAGCCAUAUAAAAUGAAGAAAAAUUAGAAGCCUGGUAUUGCUUUGAUGAUAGGAUUAAGUAUAAAACGGGUUUAUCAUGACUAUAGCACACUGUAAAAUACUAUAAAAAUUUCAACUUGAUUCUUAAACAUUUUGAUUCCUCUAUGUGGAAAUUUAGCUACUUAUGAUAAUGUAAAUUUUCAGUAAGGAUCUAGUAAGACCAUUUAAAUGAAAGACAAUCCAGUGGGUUAAGAAUAAACAAAACAUAAACUAGCUUUUAUUUUGACUUUUUAUCAGGAGUUACUAGAACAUAAAGGAAUAGAAAAUGAUGAUAAUGACAAAAAUAUUUUCAGAUGAUUUUUGUUAUACCACUCAUUUUUAUUUGGAAUGUAUAUCUCCAAUGUGUAUACACAGUCAAAAACAUUUUUUUCUGUUUUUCAACAGUAGAAGAGUUGACCUUUGAAACUCAUUUCAAUGUUAAUGUGUCACUUAUUUUAUACGUCUUUCAAUGUUGAGACCAAAUUACAUUACAAAGUCUAAUACAGUUUCACACUGCACCAUAGAAAAUAAUCUAAAAUGCUGCAAAUGGAGGAUUUUGAUCACUGGAUAUUAGUUGUGGUGUACCCUUAAGGAUUUUUAAAAAUCAAAAUAAAGUAUGAAGUUUCUUCUA